GAGUGCCGAGUCCGAAUUUCCUGCAUGAGAGACUGUUCAGUUGUUCGUCGAGGCCCGUACUCAGACAUAUGGAGAAAAGUUAACGGAUUCUCCUUCCAUGCGCAAUUAUCUGACGCCGCCUGUUCCACUGGAAAUGUUAAACUGGGAUUUUAUCUUCGUUAAAGAAAACAUUAUAAUAAAGUGAAAGAGAAGGAUUGGAGAUCACCUUUGAUUUAAAUUGAGGAUCAUUCUCUGUUGAUCCCGUCCUCGUUAUGUCCCGUGUCACUGAACCGCUGCCAAAAACGCGUCAAGAGAGAAUGAAAGAAAUCAAUUUACGGAACAAAGAGAAGGAGCGGAUGAAGGAGAGGGAGAAGGAGGCGCGGGAGCGGGAGGCGCGCUACAGCAACGGCCACCUCUUCACUUCCCUCACCGUGUCUGCCACCACCCUCUGUUCCGCCUGCAACAAGAGCAUCACUGCUAAAGAGGCCCUCAGCUGCCCCACCUGCAAUGUCACCAUCCACAACCGCUGUCGAGACACACUGGCCAACUGUGCCAAGAUGAAACAAAGGCAACAGAAGCUAGCCCUGGUGAGGAACAGCUCCGCGCUGCCGAACGUAGCUCUGAGGACCAAAACCCCUAUGAUGAAGGAGCGGCCCAGCUCAGCCAUCUAUCCGUCCGACAGUCUCCGUCAGUCCCUGCUGGGCUCCCGCCGUGUCCGCUCUGGCCUCUCCCUCUCCAAGAGUGUCUCCACACAAAACCUCGCAGGGAAUCUGAAUGACGACUCACCGUUGGGGCUGCGGAGGAUCCUGUCUCAGUCCACAGACUCCCUGAACUUCAGAAACAGAGCCAUGUCCAUGGAGUCCCUCAACGACGAGGGGGAGGUGUACUAUGCUGCCAUGUUGGAGGAGCUGGAGAGGGAGGGGAAGGACUUUGAGGCUGACUCAUGGAGCCGGGCCGUAGACCCCUCCUACCUGCAGACGCACCGCAAAGACGUCAUCAAGAGACAAGACGUCAUCUAUGAGCUGAUCCAGACAGAGUUCCACCACGUGAGGACCCUGCGGAUCAUGGAGGGGGUGUUCCGGCAGGGCAUGCUGGACGAGGUGCUGUUGGAGCCGGGCGUGGCGCACGCUGUCUUCCCCUGUCUGGAGCAGCUGAUGGCGCUACACACACGUUUCCUUUCCCAGCUUAUGACACGACGCACACACAGCCUGGCCCCCGGUAGCAGUACUAACUUUACUAUCAACCAACUGGGGGAUAUACUGACUGAACAGUUCUCAGGUCAGUGUGCAGAUGAGAUGAGGAAAGCCUAUGCUGAGUUUUGCAGCCGCCACCCCAAAGCUGUGAAACUGUACAAGGAACUGCUGGCCAGAGACAAGAGGUUUCAGCACUUCAUACGGAGGGUAAGCCGGGGGCCCCUGCUGCGUCGCCAUGGCAUCCAGGAGUGCAUCCUGCUGGUGACUCAACGCAUCACCAAAUACCCUGUCCUCAUCAAACGCAUCCUGGACAACACCAAGGGCAGUGAAGAGGAGGCCCAGUCCUUAGCCCAGUCCCUGUCCCUGAUCCGGGACUUGUUGAGCUCUGUGGACCAGCAGGUGGCAGAGCUGGAGCGGACCCAGAGGCUUCAGGAGAUCAGGGCUAGAUUGGACCCCCGGGCCCAGGCAGAGGUCAGGGGAGGAGGGGUGUUCAGGGGAGGGGAGCUGCUCCGCAGGACGCUCCUCCACGAGGGAACGCUGCUGUGGAAGACGCAAGGAUCCAGACUCAAAGACGUGCAGGUCCUGCUGAUGACAGACAUCCUGGUGUUCAUGCAGGAGAAGGACCAGAAGUAUUUAUUCCCCUGCAUAGACAAGCCUGCAGUGUUGUCUCUGAAGAACCUGAUCGUGAGGGACAUAGCCAAUCAGGAGCGAGGGAUGUUCCUGAUCAGUGACUCCACCCCCCCAGAGAUGUACGAGCUGCACGGCGCCUCACGAGACGACAGGAACAACUGGAUGAGACUCAUACAGCAGACAGUCAGCAGCUGUCCGUCCAGAGAGGACUUCCCCCUGAUAGAGACAGAGGACAAGGCCUUACUGCGCCGACUCAGAGCUGACAUCCAGCAGAAGGACAGAGAGGUGCUGGAGCUCCUCCAGGAGAGAGUGACUCUGUUCUCUGACCUGGCUGAGGUCACUGGUGGGGGUCAGGAGGUCACACCCUCCACCAACUCUAGGAACAUCUUCCGGGCCGACACCCCCUACGCACCCCAGGCGGAAUACCUACUCACCGACGCCAUCUCAGAGGUUGACAGGCUGAGUGAGUUGCUGCUGGGCUCCAACAUAGAGCUUCCCAAGUCCAACGGUAGCACCAACGGUACCAAUGGUGACCAGAACAACAAAGGGGCGCCAGUGAGCAAUGGAGAUUCGAUCUCAGUCAACGGGACUCAUGAAAUCAAAGAAAGUCCAGCGUCCAAGGACAGAAAUGGUAACCAGCUACAGGACAGACCCCUAAAUGAGGAGGUGUGUCAGAGGCUUGUGAACCUCAGUGCUCAUCUCCACUCUCUACAGGCCGCCGUCAUUCACCAAGACUCUGUCCUCGAGCUCCGCCUCCAUGAGGGCACAGGCCCUGCCUCCUCAGGUUCCCCCACUCCCACCCCCACUCCUCCAAACUCCUUCCCCAGGCUGUGCCGUUCCAUGUCACGUGACACAGGUCUGGAUGCGGGCACGGUGGCAGCCAUGGGGGAGAUGGCCAUGCUCCAGAAGCAGCAUGAUCUGCUGCAGGAGGAGGUGGUGAGGCUGCGCCCCCUGGAGGCCAAGCUGAGGGAGAGCGAGAGGGCCCGGGCUCAGCUGGAGCAGCAGAUCAGGGACAAUAAAGGCAGGAGGGGCAGGAGGGGCAGGAGAGGCAGCAGAGGCAGCAACGAAGACAUUGUGGUGGAUGUUACAGCCUUAGAGCAGGCUCCCGCUAAAAGGAGAGGAAGUGGUGAUGGCGAGCCCAGCCCUGUCGCCCCAUUGGCCUGUCAGGAACCAGUGGACCAAUUGGACGGCGUACAGGAAGGCAGUGAGGAGGAAGAGGAGGAGUCAGAGGAAGAGGCGGAUGUAGUGAAGGUUUCACCACGCUCCGACAGUCCAAGAGAUCUCCAGGAUAUCCCGGAGGAGAGCGAGUGCGGACCGGAAGCGCAGGAAUCCAAAGGCUGAUUCCGAGACUGUUCCGAGUUAACAUUAACCUCAAACUGGAUACGCAAACCAGAAAACAGGACUUGAGAGCUGGACCAACAUAUUCUCAACCUUCAACCAACCAGACCUGAUAGAACUUAUCUUCAGUGAUUCCAUCUAUUCGUCUUUCUUUGGCAUAGAAAGCCUACCCAGGAAUUGUGUAUUGUAUCAUGGUAUAUGUUAGUUCGGAGAUGUUAUAUGUUUUUCUAAUGUUAUGUUAAAAGCUUCAUCCUCGGGAUUGAAUCCCGUUUUCCAAUCCCACACUUCGUUUCUUCUUUCCCUUUUCAAAACAAGGAUGACUUAUAAGAGAGAGGGAUUAGGGGUGAAGAGGAGGAUCCGGUUCGUAACAACAAUGGAAUUCUAAUGGUGGACUGUUGAUCCAUAGGUGUCUGCUGAUACCAGUAGGAACUAUUCUGUACUGUAACUGCCUGUCAUUGUUGUACAUUUAGUGUCACCUCUCUACAGACCUGGUUUGUCUGUGGUGGUGGAGCUGACUGAUUGAAACUGAACUUAGACCAGUAAAGGAGGGCGGGACAGGAAAAGGGGGAGGACAGGACAGAAAAGGAGGAUAUAUAUAUAUGUAUAUAUAUAUACCUGCAAGGAUAUAUAUAUAUGUAUACUUUAUAUAGUUGUUUAAAAAAAUGUGUGGGUAUUAAUCAACUCUCACCCCCACCCCCAUUCCUUCUUGAAUACAAACACUUGAAAACUCUUGUGCUUUUCAUAAACCAAAUUGUUUCUUUUUUCUAGGAAGACAACAGUAUUGAGCCACCGUGAGGGGUUUUAUACGGAAUAUUUUAUAAAAAUGUGGAGGGGGGGGGUUUGCAAUGAACUGUUCUGACUUUUGGAGGAUACACACAGAAGGACCAUAUUGAAGCAAAAAACAGAUUUGAAUUAGGAUAAAGAAUUGCAUCCUUAGAAUAAGGAUUGACUAAUCUGACUGACUGUACCUGGAAUAUUUUGACCUCAUAUCUAAUCUACAGGUUUAUGUUUCAUACACAAACUACUAAAACGUGGUUUACACUACACUCAAUCGUGAGUUCAGAUUUGCCGGUGGAAUUGACUUUGAUCGUCUCUAAUGUAUUUCACCCUUAUGGUUUUUAGGUUGAUAAACUGUUGCUACCAGCCAACUCCACCAGCAACACUGACACCAACCAAAACCUCCUUUAACAAAAAGUCAACAUUUUUCGAACUGUUUUUGAGCUCACCCCUUGACCAUGAAGCGACUAUUAUGUACGAAUAGAAAUGAUUUGACUGGAUUCAAAAGGUGUUUCCUUGUUUGAAAUACAUUUUUUUUAAACAUGUUUUUUUCUUUAUAUGCUACAUAUAUUCUAUAGGAAGUAUUUGUAUAAAUAUUUGAUCUGUUCUGAAAAAAGAAAAUGACUUUUAACGUUAAUGUUGUAAUUUUAUUGUCUUUUUAUAAUUUUUAUUUCAGUUACAAUUAUUGUUCAUUUUGUGUGCUGUUUAUAAAUCUUACAGAAAUCUA